AUGUCUCUCGCUGGUAAGGUCGCUCUCGUCACCGGUGGUGUCAAGAACCUCGGUGCCCAGGUCGCCCGCGAACUCGCCGGCCAGGGCGCCAGCCUCGCCCUCCACUACCACUCCGCCAACAGCCAGUCCGACGCCACCAAGAUCGAGGCCGAGCUGAAGGGGUCCGUCAAGGUCGCGACCUACCAAGCUGACCUGACCUCUGCUGCUGCAUGCACAAAGCUCUUUGAGGACACCCUCCGCGACUUUGGCAAGGUUGACAUCGUUGUCAACACCGUCGGCAAGGUGCUCAAGAAGCCUAUUACGGAGAUCACGGAGGAGGAAUAUGACUCUAUGUUUGCCAUCAACUCGAAGACCGCAUUCUUUGUCCUGAAGGAGGCCGCCAAGCACGUCGCUGAUGACGGCAAGAUCAUCACCAUCGUCACAGCCCUGCUCGGUGCCUUCACCGGAUACUACACCUCAUAUGCUGGCAGCAAAGCGCCCGUUGAGCACUUCACUCGCGGUGUCUGCAAAGAACUCCAGGGUCGUCGCGUCAGCGUUAACAACAUUGCCCCCGGUCCCAUGGAUACUCCCUUCUUCUACCCCCAGGAAUCCCCCGAGGCCGUGGAAUUCCACAAGGCCAAUGGAAUGGGCGGCCGCCUGACGCUGGUCGAGGACAUUGCCCCCAUUGUUCGCUUCCUGUGCACGGAUGGCACCUGGAUCACCGGCCAGACUAUCUUCGCCAACGGUGGAUACACUACCCGUUAA